UGUGUAUUCGCGUACACGAUUACACAAAAGCCUAUACUCCUUAGCAGUACGGACGUGAAAGCUUCAAAAUUGUCUUUGGAUUGAUUUAGUGUUAUUUUUAUUGGAAUAUAAUAUGACUUUCACUGAGAACUCCGAAUUCGCCAUGCAAAACGAAAAAAGAAACACAAACACUGGAAGAAUGUUGAAGGACGUUUUGGUCCAGGCCCAAGCAGAGGGACGAACGACGUUUGGCAUCUAUGAAUGUGCUCAGCUUCUGAACACAGCACCUGAUGACGUCACUCUCUGCAUCCUUCCAGUGGGAGACAAUGGAGAUGUAACAGUGCAUAUCCACCAUACUUUAAUGGAAGCUUACUGUUUGGAAAAUGACAUCAAGUUGUUGAAGGUUGACAGUUUGGAGAAAUUGGAAGGAGUCUUUCCCGGAAAUGAGAAUUCCAACACGGAUGCAGUUGACUGCAGUUGCAUUCUAGUGAAAGCUCCAGAAAAGACCGACCACGUGUACAACGACUUAAUGGAUGUUGUUGAUGGACCCGUUGUUGAAAUGCCUGCUUGAUUUGUGUUGACGUGAAGCCUUUUAUUUUACCAG